UAACAACUUCAUGCACUAGUAAAUCUAGAGGGGAUAUAGGCAUAAAAAAUCUCAAAAAAUUUAAUAUGUCAUUGUUGGGAAAGUGGUGGGAUAAACUAGCAAAUGGGGGGGAUAGUUUGUGGAAGAGGGUCAUUAGGGAGAAGUACGGCAAUGCUGGUGGAGACUGGAUUAAUUGGAUGAAGGAGGGGAAGGGAUUUGGCUCAAUUUGGUGGAGGGAUGUAUGUAGAUUGAAUGGAUUAGAAAUAGAUAGAACUGGUUGGCUAGAAGAUGGGAUUAGAUGUGAAUUAGACAAGGGGAAUCAAGUGCAAUUCUGGACUGAUAAAUGGCUGGGACAAGAAUCUCUUGCUGACAAAUAUCCUAGACUUUUUAUGUUAUCAACAGGCAAAGAAGCUAGAGUUUGUCAAAUGGGCACGUGGAUGGAAGACUCUUGGUCUUGGAGAUUCAAUUGGAGACGCAAUUUGCUGUCGUGGGAGUUAGAACAAAAGCAAGAACUAGAGUCAACAUUGUUGUCCGUUUCAGUUGUACAAGGAAAGACAGACACUUGGGUGUGGAGCCGCAGCAGUGAAGGCAAAUACUCAGUGAAGUCAGGGUACUUGGCUUUAGAUACAACAACACCAAUGGAGGACAGUUUCUUCAAGUUAUUGUGGAACUCCAAUGCGCCAUGUAAACUAAAGCUUUCCUUUGGCAAUUAUAUCUCGACAGGAUUCCAACUAGACUAAACCUAUGGAAAAGAGGGAUUUUGGAAAACAUAGGGCAGUGUACUUGCGAGAUUUGUGGAUUGAAUGUGGAAAGCUCUAGUCAUUUAUUCUUACAUUGUGACAUAAUAUAUGAGAUGUGGAUGA